AUGGUAUGUUGUGGACCUAUCCUUGAUUGCCCAACCAGUAAUAGCGUAGCUCUCGUCUACAGGAUUAAGGGAGAUGCAGUUGAUUUGUAAGUAUUAUUGAGCUCAUUUCUUCCUAAAGGGCGACAGAUUAUAUCUGUUGCUGUCUAUCCAUCUGAGUUUGGACUAAAGCGCAUGGAAGAGGAAGCUGUGCGUGGUCCAGUACUCCUAUUUGAUGACGACAAAGAGCAGAAUGAAAGUGAUGAUGAAAUUGAUGUUUAGAAACUGCGUGAGUAUGAAUUAAGUAGGCUAAGGUACUAUUAUGCAGUCGUGGAUUGCGAUUCCAUAGCUACUGCAGAUUAUCUUUAUAAAAGUUACAAUGGAAUUUAGUUCGAAAGAUCAUCAAAUAAGCUAGACUUGAGGUUUAUUCCGGACUCCAUGGAAUUUAAACAUCCUCCUCGUGAUGCCACAACUGAGGCCUCAGCAAACUAUGAAGGUUUAGAUUUCAAGACUCGAGCAUUACAGCGAAGUAACAUUCAUCUCACAUGGGAGGACGAUGAGCCACAACGCGCGAAGGCAUUGAAGAGGAAGUUUAAUGAUGACCAGCUGGCCGAAAUGGAAUUGAAAGAAUUUCUGGCUUCUGAUGAGAGUGAAUCUGACGAAGAUGAAAAUGACAAUGCGACAGAAGACAAACCUCAAAAGAAACAUAAGAAACAGGAUAUGAUCCCUCUACUCCAGUCUGGUGAAGAUUCUGAUGAGGACAAUGAAGAUGGUCAGGAUAUGGAGGUCACUUUUGACACUGGAUUAGAAGAUAUAAGCAAGCAUGAGCUAGAAAAGAAGGAUAAGAAAUCGGAAACAUUUUUGGGAAGCUCAAUAAGGAAGAGAAGAGAAAAAAUGGCCAGGAAAAAUAGCUCCAAGUAUUUAACAGAUGAUGAGAGUAGUGAUAGUGAUAGGGAACCAAAAGAAGAGGUGGAUGAUUUUUUCAUUGAAGAACCAUGGUUAAGGCAAGCAAAGAGGGUAAAGGGUAAAGGUAAUAGUGACAAAAAGGGGAAGAAGAACGAGGAAACAGCUAAAGAAGCAGAAGCAGCAAGCAUAGCAGAGCUUGAGUUAUUACUGGCAGACGGGAAUGGAGCAGACGCCAGCUUGAAGGGAUAUAAUUUAAAACCCAAAAAGGUUGAGGGGAAGGGUAGGAAGGGAAGAAAGGAAAAAAGAAGGGAAAAAGAAAUUCCCGAUGAGGGGAAAUUACCUAGUGUUGAUUACGAUGAUCCAAGGUUUUCAGCUAUCUUCACCUCACCUCUUUUUGCCUUGGACACGGAUCCCCAAUUCAAAAGGAGUGCGACUUAUGCUCAGCAGUUAGCACAGAAGCAACGCAAGGGUGACCAAGAAGUACUAGGGUCAAAACAAGCUCAGUUGCCUUCUGAUGACCUAAAGACAGAGAAAAAUGAGUUUGUACAGUCUGAUGAUAUGUCCUCAAAGAAAAAAGAGCAGUAUGAACUAUCUUCGCUUGUUAGGUAAAUUAAGACGAAGUUGAAACAAGUUCAAAUACCCACCGAUAAUAAGAUCUCAGGAAAAACUGGAAAAUCGGGAUCCAAGGCCAGAUAGUAAAAGAAGGAUGUUUUUGAUUGGUUGGCAAGGUAGGCUGGAGUUCUGCUAAAUUAAACUCUGGAAGACAUGAUUGCUUUGGAUUUGUAAUGGAGGCAAAGCAAAAGAAAUGGAACUGGUGCAUCAAGUAACCAAGGGGCUGCACAAUAAGAGAGAGAUUAUUACUGUUUUCUUGUAAUAUGUAUUUUAGUUUUAUCAGUGAUCUAGAAUGGAUUUGCUGAAUGUUAGGAUCUUCAUUGUGCGGCAAUAGGUUGGAAACCAGAAUUUCUAGCCUGAAAGCUAAGUUCUAGAGAAGUUGAAGCUUUCUUAUAAGAUUUUGUCUCUCGAGUACAUCUUUAAGCAAUGUAGCUGAGAAAAUUUUGAACGCAAGUUAGAUGAUUUCAUUC